UUUCUGUCAUGCUCCAAAGCUGGUAGUGUUGUGUACAGUGUUCGUUUCGUGUGUAGGGUUUCUUUAAAAAUAGUUUUAUGUAUAUUAAAGUUGCAGAAGUUUCCCGUUAAUAUUAAAAAUUGAUAUAGUCUUACAAAAUAAGGCUUCGACAUUCCUAAUACGAUAUUUGUUCCCGUAAAAAUGGAUAAUGAUUCUAAACUUACACAAACUUUGGAGCAAAUAAAAGUAAGCCAAAUAGAGGAAAGAAGAUUGUGGGUUGGAAAUUUAGAUCUACGCAUUAAUGAGUAUCAAUUCCUAAAACUUGUUCGAAAACAUGGGGAAAUUGAGAAGUUUGAUCUUCUCUUCUACCGAUCUGGACCACAAGCUGGCUUACCGAGAGGCUAUGCAUUUGUUACUUACAAAACAGUUAGAGAUGCUGAAGUUGCACUAGAGGGACUUCAAAAUCUCAGAGUUGGAUCUAAGAAUAUUGUAGUUCGAUAUGCACACAGUAUAAAUGAGGCUGAAUUGGAGAAACCAAAACCAAAGCUAGAUAUCCCAGCACUUGCAGGUGCCAAAAAAGAAGAAAAAAGAAUAAGUCGAGAAACAGCAAUACAAGCCAUAGAGGCCAAAUUAAAAUUAAUGAAAGACUCUAAAGAAGAAUUUCAAUUGAAUAAACCUUUAGAAGGACCAUCUAUCAUACAUCAAUAUAUAAAACCAGAGAGUAGUAAACCGUCCACUUCUGUACGACACUUUACAAGAGGCAAUUAUCACAACAAUAGAAAACCAUAUAGUCGUACUAGACCAAGAAGAUAAUUGUGAUUUUUUUCAAAAGAUAUAUUUAUUCAUAUCUUAAUCUUAAAAAGCAUCUUAAUAUCAUGAACAUUCAUUUCAAUAAUUUAUUAUAAGUUUCACAACAUUCUCAUAAAUAAUAUACUAUAAUGAUCAUUUAUUUGAAUUUUAGUCAAAUAAUAUUUAUAUUUAGGGUAUAAUUUUUCAUUCAUAUUGUAUAACAAAUGCAUUUGAACAAUUCCAUUCAACUAAUUUCGCCAUUCAGUGAAUUUUGAAACUAGUAAAAAAUGUGGUUGUGUUAUUAAUAAUGUUCAUGCUUCUCAAAAACAAUAUUUCAGUGCCAUGAUAAAAAAAUAUUAAUUUAUAUUAAAGCUGUUUGUAUUUUUUUGCAAGUAUUAUUAAUAACUAUUUAUUUAUAACAUGACAUUGCAACAUUAUAAGCUGCAUAAGAGGAAGUCUCUUGAACAUAUGUAUUUGAUUGCUUUAAAAUUGUAUUUUCAAGACCAAAUGUGCAUCAAACUAUGUACUGUGUAGUUUUUUUUUAUUCUAAUAGUUUUCUUUUUAAUAAAACAAACAAAUGC